AUGUCGGAGAAAUCCAGUCAGUUCAGCACCCCCGAUGACCAUUUUCAUACUGCUGAUCCGAUUGAGGAAAGGGUCCAAAGAGAAGAAAGAAAGGAGGGAAACAAACUCGAUAUUAGUUUAGUGAAUGUGUACUAUGUAAUAAAAAAUGUAUCAUUUGCCCAGUGUCUCGAGAUCACUGUGCAGCAGUUUCCUGUUGAUGACUUAACGAGUCGGUCGCAAACUUUUUACGAGGCGUUGAAACCCGCUGCUGUGCAGAUUUUGUCGUUAUCAAAGGAUAUGCUUGAUCUGCGUGCCGAACUAACAAAAAAUUAUGACUUCUUCCUGGAGAGUUUCAGCAAAUUAGGUGAGCUGACUGGAUCAGCGCUUGCAGACAAGAUGAAACAAGUUAAAGACCAUUAUGACGCUGAGCUUGCCAAAGUUACCACAGAACAGCAGAAUUUCGUAUCUGAGCUUCAACAUCAAGUUGAAGAUUAUGGCAAACUUGAAGCUCUUCAUCGGGAAGAAAAGGAAGCUAUCGUCCGAGAUCUGGCGUUGCAGCAGAGCGAAGUACAAAGGUUGGCCAGUGAGGCUUUGCGUCUGGAGGAGAAAGUGAAAGCAGUGAGAAGUGAAACGUAUAAGGAAGGCAUAAUCGCUAUGGAAUUGGAGAAGAAUCGGUUGAGCACUGAGUACGAGGAAGUUAUCGAGGGUAAAGAUGCUCAAAUUCGACAACUCCAGAAAGAACUAGAAAAGAAAAACGCAGAAAUCAAUCGGCUCCAGUCCGAUCCAGAGAGCGAAGCGUUCAGAAGAAACGUUAUUGCAGAGAUCCGCAAUGAGCUUGAAAAAGAGUCCAAGAGCAAAUUAGAGCUGCUGACAAAAGGUAUCACUCAAAAGAAGGAUGAAGAAUGCUCAAGGUUGAGAAAGGAGUUGGAGUAUGAAAUGAGGAUUAUGGAGAUAGAAAAGAAUUGCUCUUUGAAGUGGUUAGCUGCCGAACGCGAUCGCCUUAGAGAGUACAUCAUCAAUAAGCUACCUGAGGGAGAAUCGGUAUGCAAUACUGUUGAAGAAGAGAUUAUGAAUGCUGUGACGGCGGAACAAGGAGAAUAUAAGACGAUUUAUGGCUCGUCCACUGCGACACAGACAGAUAUCUCCUACCCGGGUGCAUUUCUUCCUGCUGUUCUUCCUGUUAUUGAUGAAGCCACUUCCAGUCAAUACGCAGACAUGAGGGAAAGUGUGUUUGCUGUUGAAAACGUUCCUAUGGCUGUGGAAGAGUCUGUGUUUAUACCUGGUGAUGCGCCAGUUGCCGACACUGAACGUAAAGGGGUCGGCGUUCAAACUAGAAUUGGACUGAGAGCUAUGGAUCGUAUGGUAGCAGUUGAAGAUAUCGUUGAGGGAUCUACCGUUUUGGUUAUCUGGAACGAUAGACACAAUGCGUACAUGUUGUUUAGUUAUCGUCUUCCGGUCGACACGAGAGUCUACCGCGUUGACGUGGAACCUCUGGAGGGCAGACUACCGCGUACCGAACGGGCCGCCACAUAA